UGGCAGGCGCUUGCCUUCUCAGUAUUGCAAUGUCAUGUUCAUUAUGUAAGUUUUAAAGAAGUAAAAAACUUUAUCAAGAUGUUGUAAAUGUCAUUUCAGAAGAAUUACUGUUUUCUCUGAGAUACGUGUGAAAAUCGCACUUGGUGAACUGGACUCUCUAGAUCCUCUUUCUGAUGUCAGGAGUUAAACAGGAGAGUAUGGAAGAGGGUUAGUAGCAAAUUUGAAAGCCACUUUGUGUGACUAACGAGUACAGUGCCUUUGGGAAAAUUUGGAGUUGAAAGGAGAGUUCAAGAAACGAACAAAGAAAGCAUGUCAAAGAAUGCUGAGGAAACCAACAACAUGCUGGAUAGAUGGGCAAAAGUUUUUGACAAAAGCCUUGCAAAGCCAGUACCAAAGACAUUAACCCUUAAAAGGUCAAGCACAUUGGAGCUAGAGGAUGUUCAAGAAGAUGUUAUUGAAGACAUUGAUAUAGACGCUGGCCAUGUGCUGGCACCUCCAAUACAUCAAGAAAGCAGAAGUACUUUACAUGUGUGUUCAAGACACGGAAGGGAACGCACAAAAAUCCUGGAGCAGAAACCGGUCAAACCUUCUAGAUCUAUCCAACCCAAACCAGUUAAACCUGUUAGACAAACGAGCUUUCAUGCACCCACUCCAAAAGAAACAUCUGCUGUAAAAUCUGGUAACAGAGCGGAAACGUCGGUGCAGCCUGCACCUAAACCAGAAAAAUGUCCUCAACAUGAAGUGAAACAGGAACUCGUUAAGGAGCUAUCAUUGGACAUUGGACCGUUACUUCCUUCAUCCCGCCCUAAGAGACAAAAUUCUUCCAGUCAAAGAAAGCCCUUGGAAAGAGAACGCGCCACAGAAUCUGUUAAACCAGCUGUGCCGGGUGGGGAUCCAAUCACAUUGGAGGUAGCCAAGGCCCUCCGUGUGUUAUUAUUUGGUACACCGUACACGUCUUUCAACUCUGACUGGAGAAGACAACAUAUCAACUUCUUUUCGCACAAGUCUUACGCUCUAAGCUUCCAUAAGUUGGGGCCUGACGGGAUCAUGGCAUGUUUGCAGGGAUUCCUGUUGAGAUUCUUGUUGUACGACCAGCCGUCCAUUGAACACGUGAAAAGUAUGUUGAGACCAAUGUCGUCUGACCGCCAGAAGGCACUAAUUACAGCCAUGACGAAGAUCCUCUGGCAAGCAGGAGGCCAACAGCGCGCAACGGUAGUACUGCCGUGCGGUGAGUGUAACUGGGCGACAAUGGACGACUACAGAGAAGAUCAGCUCACGGAAAAGCUUCAUCAGUUCAGAUUUACCGAGUUUUCCCACCUGGAAAGGUUCACGAAGAAGCACUUAUCAUUUUUUGAAAGCACAAACGGAAAUGGUUGCAUUCUGUUUUUGUAUUCGGUUAUUCUGUCCAGAUCAAUUGAAAGGGUAACUGAGGAUCUAGGAGACCCGAAUUCCACUUUGAUGGGUCUUCACGACUCAUGCUCUCAGGCCAUGAUUAACUUGAUGCUAACUGGCAGAGCAGCCGCCAAUGUCUUUAACGGUGAUAUCGAGUUCAAUAAAAGAGGACGAAAACUGCCCCAUCCGCUGAAUGGCAUUAAAGGUCGGAGUGAGAUUGGAUUUUUAUCUCUUGAAGAGCAUCUUGAUCCCAAAUCUUUUCAGGUUGGUAGCAUGCUCAAGACUCCCAAGUUUCCAGUUUGGGUGGUGAAGACAGGUGAACGUUACGGCGUGCUGUUUUCACUCAACAAGGAACUCGUUAAUGAUUGGAAGCUCGAGAGGAGAUUUGAGUUGUUGUACUGUACUGGAUCAGCUAAAAGAAACAAUGGUGCAGACGAGAGUGUAUUUAUUAUAGAUACGAGAGAUAUUUUCAGCUCCGAUGACGAAUUCGGGGAAGAACCAUCUGAGGUGGAACACUGUUUAAGAACCAAAUGGCCAGGUGCACUGAUUGAAGUAAAAGAUGAAAGAAGCUAAACAUAAGCAAAGAAAAAGCACCUAUUUCAGGGUUUCUACUUUGCAAGAAAUGGCUUGAGCCUGAGUAAGAGCAGCGGCGUCUUCAUGGCAACAAGCUUCUCGUUACAUAAUCACGCUAAGGUCACGUGAUCUCGUGUGAAGGCUGUGUGGUACGGUUGACAUCUCACUAGAAAUGGAGUUCGCUACGGAGGAGACCUCGAUCCGUUGUGCUCAAGUCCCUUUCGAAUCAUAGAGAUAACAUUCGAGAUCCAAAAACGAAAAAAAUUGAAGAAGCAUCGCAGUGAAAACGUUCAACUCAUAUUAUUCCUUUUCUGUUACAUUUUAGGAAAAUUUGUUUGAAAGAGAGGUGGGGAAGGGGGCAGGGUGAUAUUAACCUGCACCUUAUUUACGAGGAACCUUCCUGGAAAAUCCUUUCUCGUUCGUGAAAACGAUUUCAUUCAAUUUUAAUGCGUCGGACAUCUGUUACCUGAGCCACUUAGUCAUAACUUCCGUAUAAUCCCAUACUUUAUCAUGCACAGCUCUCUGUUUUAAAGAAAGUAAUGACGGAACCAUUGGAUUCGAUCUAGAUUCUUUGUCAUCUUCGCUUUCUUUGGCUAUAAGUACUGAUCGACACCAAAUUGAAUUUGGUUCGGUGAAAUCAUUGUCCGUUUCUUUAAAAAUGUUGUAAUCGAUUAAUUUUGUUUAAGAGACCACGGUAUCAGCAAUGGGUCCAAGGAGUUCAAGUGCUUUAUAUCAUAGCAAGCUUUAUUGAGUCCGGUUUUUAUUAUACGCAACACUGAACUUUGAGUGCCCUGAAGCAGGGAAACAGUUUGCACCUACAGAAACGAACGAGGACUGUACAUAAGUUCUUUUUUAAGUAAUAGCGUUCUAUUUUUGUAAAGCUGAUGAACACGCUUAAGUUUCCUACUUGAUUGUGUAUAAAUGUUACAUCGCCCAUUUGAAUUAUUUUCAUGCAAGGAGGGCAGUGUGAAAAAAGCAGUAUUUUUGUACAAGUGAUAUUAAAAUCGUUA